AUGAACACUGAAGUCCUGGCAGGCUCAUCAAAGCAGCAGCAGCAGCAGCCUGGAGCAGUAGAGCUUGAGUAUCAAAGUCUUAAAGAAGACCCCAUCGAAGCUCCUGCAGUCAGCUGGGAAGCACAUCAGUUAACUGAUGACCUGCUUGUGUCAAAGAUUCCAUUUGAAUUUGAAGCAGAAAGGCUCAAAGAGCACACAAAGCACACAAGAGUUGAAGUCAAAGAGCUUGGAAAGCUCACAGACAGUCUUGAAGCAAAAAGGUUGGCAGACAAAGUCAAAGGUUAUUUCAAGAAGGGUCAAGAUCAAGAGGCCAUCAAAGCUGGUCACACAAAGGAAGCCACUGGAAGAAAUUCUGCAAGUUGA